AUGAUAGCAGUUGAUAUCGUCGCAGGACAAGCCAGAAAUGUGGUGCAUUUUUUGGUGGAAGACUGGUGUUUAUCUGCAUUGCUUGGUGUAAUCACUGCACUAAACGUGCUUUUCUGUUGGAAAUGGACGUGCGCCAUCGAAUUACUUCAACACGCACACGUCGUCGUUUAUGAUGUUUUCCUGCAAAUAUCUAGUCACUUGGCCUUUUUCUCAUGGGUGAUGCAUGUGGUUAUUUUGACAGCUCUUUCGGCUGUUUUUUGUCAAAUCGUCUCUAAGCAAGCAGUUGGAUCUGGAAUUCCUGAAGUGAAAGUGAUCAUGCAUGGCUUCAAAAUGGACAAUUAUCUCACGUUCCGCACAUUGAUAGCUAAAAUGGUCGGCUUGACGUUAGCCAUGGGCGGAGGGCUGCCAAUAGGAAAAGAGGGCCCAUUCGUGCACAUGGGAGCAAUUUGUGGCGACGUUGCUGUCGAAGAUCACUGCUUCGUGCCAGUACUCGGCGUUCUUCUCGAAUGA